UUUUAACAGGGGAUUUACUGAAAUGCACUGCAUGAGCGGCCACUCAAAUUUUGUAUCUUGUGUGUGCAUCAUACCUCCAAGUGAACUCUAUCCUCGUGGGCUGAUUGCAACUGGUGGCAAUGAUCAUAAUAUUUGCAUUUUCACAGUUGACAACUCAGCUCCUCUUUACAUCCUUAAGGGUCAUAAAAACACAGUUUGCAGCCUUUCAUCUGGGAAAUUUGGCACAUUAUUAAGUGGAUCAUGGGAUACAACAGCCAAGGUCUGGUUAAACGACAGAUGUAUGAUGACAUUACAGGGUCACACAGCUGCAAUAUGGGCAGUGAAAAUACUUCCUGAACAGGGAUUAAUGUUGACUGGUUCAGCGGACAAAACUAUAAAACUUUGGAAGGCGGGCAGAUGUGAAAGAACAUUCACUGGACAUGAAGAUUGUGUGAGAGGACUUGCUAUUCUCAGUGAAAUGGAAUUCCUUUCCUGUGCUAAUGAUGCUAGUGUUCGAAGAUGGCAGAUCUCUGGCGAGUGUCUUCAGGUGUAUUAUGGACAUACAAAUUAUAUAUACAGCAUCUCUGUCUUCCCUCAAAGUAAAGAUUUUGUAACUACUGGAGAGGAUAGAUCUCUGAGAAUCUGGAAACAAGGGGAAUGUGCUCAAACAAUCAGACUCCCGGCUCAGUCUGUAUGGUGCUGCUGUGUAUUGGACAAUGGUGACAUCGUAGUUGGUGCAAGUGAUGGAAUUAUAAGAGUGUUUACAGAGUCUUUGGAACGUACAGCAAGUGCUGAGGAGAUUCAGGCUUUUGAAAAUGAGCUUUCACAAGCAUCCAUUGACCCUAAAACUGGUGAUUUAGGAGAUAUUAAUGCUGAUGACCUUCCGGGAAGAGAACAUCUUAAGGAUCCUG